ACUUUCUCACUUCCGAUAUCAGUUCGCACUGGAAUAGACAAACGUGAAUAUUAGCUGCACUACAGCAUCAAUCCACGAGUGUCGGUAAGAUGAAGUCACUGGUUCUAGCCGCCGUAUUGAUCUCACUUGGUGCCCUGGUUGUAACCCAGAGUCACAACUACAUCUGGGGAUACCGAGGCCCGUACGAUGUCCUGCUGAAUCGCACGAUCGCCAUCAAAUCCUCGUCGAUGCUGCAAGUGAAGACCAUGGAUCUAGUGUAUCCGUUGAAGGGUCAGUUGGGUCGCAACAUCUCGGCCAUUAACAUCACCGACCAGUACAUCAACGGCAAGGGAGGCUACGCAAGUUUGCUAUCUGGUGGCAUCGGUUUUAACCAAACAAAGAUUCAUCUGAAAUCUCAGCGGGGCAAUGGAUUCAACUUUAUUGUGGAGAUUUAUGGUCGCUAAUUUCGGCCAUAAAGACAAGAAGUGGAAAGGAACACGAAUCAGUCAUGGCAAACCGACUACCGGCUUGAGUGUUUUAUUUCUCCGAGAUGUCAGCAGUUUGGGUGUAAUUAAAUUGGCUGAAAAUAAAUGUAGAUCGAAUGUACGCUUAUCAGUUAAAAGUAGCAUCGAAUUGGUCAUCACGUAAAGCGCAUUUCGUUGCUUGAUUCUUAGAUCUUAUAACAAAAACAAACGAGAUAAAAGAUAACACUGUAAACAACGCA